GCUAGGUAGAAGUAGAGGUAGCUAGUAGAAGCUACGUGGACCUAGUACCUACAAGUAAGCUACAUAUCACUUAAUAUGGACGCAGGAUAGCUCACGCUUCUUUUAGGAAGCUCCCCGCGGCGCCCUUGAAGAGUCGCUCGCACUAGUAGAAAUGCCCUUGUUCCUUGUAGCUUCUUGUUCCUAGUAGUAAGGCCGGAGCCCCUAGUAGCGUCCUUGUUCCUAGAAUUUUGAGGGAACGCCAUUUCUGAAUGUAACCGUCUACAUGAAAGGUGGCCUGGCUGAGUCUUCAGCAGCAGUCAAUGGACCAUACGUGUUCCAAGGAGUGCACCCUUCUCCUAAAUAGUCACCUGUUCCGCAGUCACUGGGCCCCUAUGCGCAGCAUACCAUACGCACGGCUGCGUGCUGCGUGUGCUCGUUCGAAUCCACUUUGAAUGCUUCGACGAGUCGGAUCUUUCAUAGGCUUCCAUUGAUGGAUCCUCAGGGAUGCUCGGAUGCUCCGGAGGCCAAGCAGACCCUAAAGCCAAAGCUGCUGCAAAGGGUCCUAAUAAGGGUGGUAAAGAGGUUGACCAGACGGAGAUUCAACAGCUGUCUGAUGUGGUGGAAGGCUUUCCACCGCAGUUGUGUGCCUUGGCCUUGGGCUCCGCAGGGCUGGCUCGCGCCUGGGUGGUGAGCGACGCUCUGCUGCUGCCGCGGCUCUUGUGUUUGGCAUCGGGGGGCUUUCUGGGCCUCUAUGCUUUGAAGGCCGUGCUGCGGCCGGACGCGCUCUUGCGCGAUGCCUCUGUGUCGGCCACGGUCUCGGCGCUGGGUGCGGCGCCAGCAGCGGCGCAGGUCUUGGCCUUGCGACUGAAGCAGGAGCAGAUCUUGGGCUUAUGGCCGACCCAGCUGAUCAUCCUCUUUUGCCACUGUCUCUUGCUCUUCACCGCUGGGCGCUUUGCUUUGCUGAACUGGAGGAAGGGCCUGUGGCCUGAUCCAUCGUGGUUUCCAGGCCUUCUCCUUUCUGGUAUGACCAAUGUCUCAGCAUCGGUGGUGGGCCCUGAAUGGCUGAAAGCAUUGCUGAUACCGUGGUUCUUCUGGCUCACCAUCGUGAUCUAUGUGCCUGUGAAGAUGGCCGUCGCCUACCGU